AUGCCAAAACAAAAUUUGGAUUUGCUUGACUAUUUUGGCCCUUUGGCAGCGUCAAUUGUCUUUUUCUCCGUUAUUUUUGUCAUUUCUGUUACUUGCAUUCUUUGGUUUUGUGUUUCUGAGAAGGACGAUCAGACUGUUUUUGAUAAGGUUUUUUUUAAUUUUAAAAGAGGGUUCUUGGGCUUUUUAGGGGGAAUUUUCUCUCAGAAACUUUUUGGAAGCUCCAAAAAUGAGACUAGUCCUCCCUAUGAGUUUUUCAAUUUUCAAGGCCCUGUAUCUCGGUUUCUGGUUGUAUGA